UAAUAGCCAAUCCUGGCGCAGAAGGCGGGCUUUUGUGAAAUACGGAUAUUAACAACAAAAACAUACCUAGUAAACAAAGAACCAACAAACAAACCUCCCACGGGUUUGGUUGCUACUUUGUUACGCGUCAGAGCAUGAUGCGCAUGCGCAGCGUAGGCAGGUGAGCUGAGACAGGUGUAUCCCGGAAGUUAUAGAGAGAAAUCAACAAAAAUCGCAGCCACGAUGUCUCAGGGCAACCUCCAGCAGGAUUUUCAGAACCAGGUCAGUGAUGUUUUCAGCCGGCUGCAGAACAAGCAGAUGUUUCAGUCUGACUGGGACAUCGCCUCCUUCGCCAUUUUCUUCAUAUUCAUCGGUAUGGUUCUGCUGCUCGUCAUUCUGGUUCUUAUACGCUGCUGUUGCUGCUGCUGCUGCGACGAAAAGCCCAGAAGGCAGAAAGUGGGCAUCGACAACAUGGCACUGGAGCCAUAAAGCUCAAGAUUAGCGUCCAGCAUGUUCAUGAUCCCUUCAAACAUAUAUAUAUAAAUUAUAUAUAUAAAUAUACAAUAUAUACACACACAAAAGUUUGGAAACACCUCUCAUGAUCUUAAAAAGCUUUUGAUCUGAAGGCGUAUGAUUAAAUGUUUGAAAUCGGUGUUGUAGACAAAAAUAUAAUCCUGCCAUAUUCAUUUCCUUCAGUAGAAAAAAAAGAUUCUAUUUACAAGAAAAUAUUUUUUUAAACGGGUGACUUGGAGCGGAAUAUUUCGAAAAGCAGCCAAUAAGAGUCCAGCGUCAGUGGGAACUCCUUUAAUACUGUUUAAAAAGCAUCUCAGGGUGAUUCCUCAAGAAAUCGGGUGAGAAAACACCAAGAAUACAUUUCUGGAAAUUCUAGGCAAAAAUGGGGGUCUACUUUGAAGAUGCUAAAAUAUCAAGUCAUUUUGAUGUAUUUAGGAUUUUUUUUUUUUCAUCUCAACACAAUUCCCAUAGUUUCAUUUGUGUUAUUCCAGAGUUUUGAUGACUUUAUUAUUAUUACUAUUCUAAAAUAAAAAUAAAGAAUGAGUGUGUAUGUGUUUAUAUAUUAGAUUUUAAUGCUUUUACUGCUGUAAUUUUUCACAUAAUACUUAUAAAUAUACCAAGUGUAAGAAAAUGUAGAAGAGGAACUAAACAGAAUGUGUUUUUAAAAGCUGAAAGUCGACACCCACACUUGUAAAUACGAUGGAUGAAUAUUUACCGUAGCUGAAUAUAAUUUAUUGUUUACAAUGACUGAUUUGAUUUUUAAAUGUAAAUGUGCUUUCUGUACUUUCAAUAAUUGUACUCUACUUCCUGCUUGCUGAUGGAUAUACUUAUGCUUCCAUGUAAAAUAAUAAAACUACAAUAAACUGUAUUGUACUGUGCAA